AUGAAGUUGUCCUCAAUCAUAACUGGAUUUGUGGCUCUCAUGUCAGUGGCUCAGGCUUCUGUCAUUCAAGAACAAGAAUCCAACAACGACAUUGGCUCUGCUCAGGUAAUCCCUGUUGGUGCCUUCACUCUUGGGUACAAUCCUAUUAUUGCAAACUCUGCUACACUUCCUUGGGUAACCAUUGAAGGUACCGGGGAUGGUUCUUAUGACUAUUUCUCAUUUGAGGUCCGGGCAGGAAUGAUUGCUUCCAUCUUUGACAUUGAUGAUCCUACAAGCUUUAAUUCAUUUCUCACUCUGUAUGACUCAAGUGGCACCCAGCUUGCGCAAAAUAACAACAACAGACCUCCUGAUGAUGGCUCAAGUAGGCGUCGUGAUGCCUACUUGACCUACACAUUCAAUACUGCUGGCAUAUACACCAUUGCUCCCAGCUUCGAGCUGCUUAUGGUAUGGGAGACCCACACUUCAAGGUACGACUCAGUAGGCCACAAUCAGCCCAGUUGA